AUGGUAUCAAUUUAUGGCCUGACAGCGAAGCGAGCUCGGUACGGAUGUGUGGCCGGCGAGGUCGGCGAGAGGAGUUCGUUUCGAAGGAUAAAUAGCGGUAUACUGCUGCUCGAAUAUCAGCUUCAUCACAUUCAGUUCGACAGCAUCUUCCAGUCAUUGACCAUAGACUUUGAUAGUCUUCCAUCUUUUGCAACACCGGACCCAGCAAACAACGUCCCUCUUGGGUAUAGACCGUGGCCAUCUUUGUCGAAGGCUUCCUACUAUCCAACCAUUCUGAACGCGGUCGCUGGUCCUAUCAAAAAGGUCCAGUGUUUGAACGAGAAGCGACAGUAG